AAUAUACAACCUCACUAUAGUCAAACUAUCCAAGAGUGGGGUCCCCACAUUGUUCCCCCCUCUCUUCAUUUUCACUACUUUCCUCUUUUUGUUCUUCAUUUUUUUCAUCAUUAUUAUUCAUUCAUAAAUCAUAAAUGGUAAGAAAGGCUGCUGGUCCAAAUUGGCGAUUUCAAUUCCACAAAUUUUGACUUUUUUCUUCUUCAAAAUCCAUUACAGUCGCCAUUAAAAAUCAUUGAAUUAAGCGAUUUCUGUUGAAUUGAUUGAAUUUUCCUUCGCUUUUUGGAUUUUUUUUUAUCGAUCGACAAAAAAAUGGAGGAUUGGGGGGAGGAGAGAGAAAAGAAGCCGAUAGAGUUAAGAGCAGUGGAAUCGUUAGGGUUAGGUUUUGAUCUAACUUCUGAUUUCAGAUUGAAAUUCGCCAAAAAAGACAGGCUCGUUGUUUUGGAUGAAGCGAAUAAAAGAAACGUCGUCAUCCCUGGUGGAAACGUUUCGAUUCCUGGUGUUUCAGUUGAUAUUCGUUGCGACAAGGGAGAACAGUUGCGGUUUAAGUCUGAUGUUCUUCAAUUUAAUCAGAUGUCAGAGUUACUCAAUCAAAGAUCUACCGUACAAGGAAAAGUUCCUUCUGGCUACUUCAAUGCCAUGUUUAAUUUUAGCGGAGCCUGGUUAAAUGAUGCAUCGGAAAGUAAACAUCUUGCUUUUGAUGGUUACUUCGUUGCUUUGUACCACAUGCACUUAAUGGCAUCUGCCAUUGUUCUGCAUGACAAAGUAAAGAAGUCUGUUCCAUCACAUUGGGAUCCUGCAUCAUUAUCAAGGUUUAUCCAGAAGUAUGGGACACACAUAAUUGUGGGCUUGGCAGUUGGAGGUCAAGAUUUGAUUUGUGUGAGACAGGCACCUUCGUCAGAAAUCCCUCCUGCUGAACUCAGAGCACAUCUGGAGGAUAUUGGAGACGCACUGUUUUCAGAUGAAAAAGAUCCACUAUUACUGCGAAAAGCUAGGGAUGGGCAACCAAAGGCUCCCGAGGUAUUCAGUCGGAUCCUGCAGUCCAAUACUCUACAACUGACUAGCAUUGUUGAAACAUCAAACAAGGAUGGACUCUCUGUUAUACGUUCACGAAGAGGAGGGAAUGUUUUUCUGCAUAGUCACUCCCAAUGGCUCCAGACAGUCCCUAGCCACCCUGAUGCAAUUCUCUUCAAGUUUGUGCCUAUUACUUCACUCCUUACUGGAAUCCCAGGCAGCGGUUAUCUCAGCCAUGCAAUUAAUUUGUAUUUAAGAUACAAACCUACGUCAGAGGAUCUGCAGUACUUUUUGGAAUUCCAGGUCCCAAGACAAUGGGCACCUAUGUACAACGAGCUCCCUCUCCAGCAUCAAAGAAUAGCUCCCUCUUCAUCUCUUCUUCAAUUCAGCUUAUUGGGUACAAAGAUUCGCGUUAAUUCUACCAAGGUCACAAGUAGUUUGAAACCAAUAGUUGGUCUACGCCUAUACUUGGAAGGGAAGCACUGCAAUCAACUAGCCAUCCAUACCCAACACCUGACAACCUUACCUAAUUCUAUGACAUUUACAUCAACUCAUGAUCACUGCCAAUGGCGAGGUUCUGAUGAUUUUGAUCCCGAAGGCCAAUUUCUAGAACGCAUUAGAUGGAAGAGGUUCUCAAAAGUUUGCACGUCUAUAGUAAAACACGAUCCCAACUGGCUUCACGGAAAAACAACGGGAGUUUUCAUCGCUACCGGGGCCCAACUCCUCACAAAAGGUCGGUGGCCAAAAACAGUGCUUCACCUUCGGUUACUCUUCAGCCACCUGCCUAACUGCACAAUCAGAAGAACCGAAUGGGCUGCUGCGCCACAAGCAUCUCACAAGUCGAGUAUUCUCAUGACUUUAAGUACAACUUUCACGUUUACUCAGAAACAGAAUAACAGCCCGCCUAAAAAACUACCGACUGCACUGAACUCAGGUGUAUACCCAAAUGGACCACCAGUUCCGGUCAACUGUGAGAAGCUGCUUAAAUUUGUUGACACUUCGGAGGUGUUGCGUGGUCCUCAUGACGCUCCAGGACACUGGUUGGUUACAGCUGCUAAACUUGUGACAGAAGGAGGUAAAAUAGGUUUGCAUGUAAAGUUUGCUUUAAUAGAUUAUACAAGUACUACAAUUGAACUGUAAAUUUUGCUGUACAUACAACAAGUCAAUCUGAGUCGAAGGUGUUCGGAAUUAUUUUUGUAUGUUGAGGGUCUCUUUAUGAAAGUGAUUGUGUGAGGAAAAUAGUAUCAUAAGUUACAGUGUACAGACAAACAUUAGAACUUGUGAAUUUUUGUUUUGUUAGA